AGGAUAUGAUGAUGUUACUUGAAAAUCAGAUAGAUGACAUGUGGCGUGGGCUACAAUCCAUACUGGAAAUAUUUCAUGAUGAUUCGAAACCUCACCUUGGGUAUCGCCUCAGAGUGAAAGAACAACUGCCCAUUAGAAUGACUAUGAGACCUGCAGAUCAGAUUGUAAUUGGAUGGAAAGCGGUUUAUCCAACCCACUGUCCCUCAUUGCAUCUGUACCUGCGUAGUGAUAUGAGGGACAACCACCAGUAUUUGGGAGGCCCUGUGUCUUACUGUAAUUGGGCCCCGGCCAAAAAUGCAACCCUCGUAGUUAGGCAGGUUUCACACGGCUCUACCAGAAACCUUGUGAGAGGUGAAACCAAAAUGUUGACUGCAGGAAGCGAGCUACUUUGGGACUAUGGCAAAACAUACAUGCCUGUGUUUGAUGACAGCUGGUUUCAGCAAGAGUGCUGUAGCAUCAAAGGCAGUAUUCCGAAACAAAUCCCAUGGGUGAAGGAAAGCCAUGAAAUUUGUCGGGAGCUUUGUGUUUUGUGUGGUAAACCUUACCGCUGCGAACGGAGGAAUUGGACAAAGCGCAAGCCACAGAAGAAAGUCCAUUUCUUAAAUAGUCACAGUGACUUUCUUGGUACUGACUGGGAUGGAUGUGGUGUCUACGACUCCUCACAGUCCACUGUUGAUUAUAACCGUGCGCUCAUAGAAGCAGAAAGGCUGAAUCAAUUUCUACAAAGGCUUCAUUCUGAUGGGUGGAAGGUUGUACCAGCAUGUUCUGUAAUGAAAAAGCAGUAAGUAUGUUCUUGAGUUGUGUUCUAUGUUAUAGAGGUAAUGAGUGGUUGUGUUAAACAUAUCACGGAUGCUAAACCAGUUAUUUUUUCUAGGGAGCUGGAGACUCUCAAUGAAGAGAUAGUAAUGAAGUUGUUUAAGAAACGGUGUGCUUUCUUGAAUAGAUUAGGAUCAAUAGUUGUACGAGGUAGUCAAGUUGCAUCUGCUGUGGAACAUUUAAAGCCCAUUAAGCCCUCUUCAUGGAAUGAAAUUUUUCCCAAAGUUUCAAAAGGACAGAAACCAAAAGAAAGGGUAUAUGCACUGUCUAAGGAAGUGAUGGAGGCCAUGAAGCGUGAAUUUGAGGAAGGUGUCACGCAAGAUAUUAUGCUUGUCAUGCCACGGUGUGAUGACGACAGCGAUUCAUCAGAAGACAGUGAUGAAGACAGUGAUUCUGAAGAUUCAUGUAUUGUUAAACAGCGCUGACAGCCCUAAUGUUGCAAGUGACGUUUACAAUUUAUACAGACAUUGGCUGAACUAAUCUAAUAUAGAUUAGUUAAAUAGUUUGUUUUUAGACUUAUUGUAAUGCACUGAUAAUUUUUUUUUAGUACUACCUUAUAUUUCAAAUAGUUAUAGCUGUAUUGAUUUCUGGGUGCAAAUGGUCACGAGUAAAUGAAUCUGUGAUAUUUGUUAUAAAUCACCUGAUAUACUGUACUGAUACAUGUGCCAUUUUUAUGUAAGUUAAAUUUGAACUUGGAGUCUGAUAUCUUGUAGCAAUUGCUGCUGUGACAUCAUAAUUAAUACUUCAAACUUGUGAUUCUGUGUUCUUGGUAUAAUUCUUUCAAUUUUUGCUGUUUGCUAAUACAUUUGACGGAAUAAGUACUCUAAAUCUAUAAAUUUAUUUUAAGAAUUACAUUUUAAAUAGCAUACUUGAACAGUUUUGAGAAGUAGAAGUGAACAAUUUCAUGGCAAACUAAAUGCCGGGUACAAGGAUUGCAGUUGCACUCCUACAACUUUGGUUGUGUUUACGAUAAUUUAAACACCGUAAGUUAUUGGGUUAUAAUAUUUGUUUGGUGAAGUGUGUAGUUAAUAACAAUUAGCUCAUAGAAUUGAAUGUCUUUUUAAGAAGGAAGUUUCAAUAGUAAUUAGUAUUCUGUAUUAUCUGACCAGUUGUAAUAGAGUCUUGCUGUCUGGCUCCAGGUUUUGCUUUUUAAGUUUGUAUAUUGUCCCAGUGCCUUGACAGAAGUAGACUGUUGUGCAUAUACAACAGCCUUUUGUGUGUUAUCAAAUCGUUUUGUUUUUCAUUGAUCUUUGUGGCGAACAUUUCUGUUUACUAAUAUUUUUAAUUACGAGCUCAUUGAAUUGAAUGUCUUUUCCAGAGGAAGUUUUGAUAGUAAGAAUU